AUGACACCCGAGGACCCGAUCGACUCCCUGGAAGCCGAACGUGACGCCUUCAUAAAAGACUGGACAGCCACCUCGCAACUACUGUACUAUACCGUAAUCUGUGUGUCAGUCGUCACCCUUCCCGCCCUGAUUUUCAUGUUUAUUGUGCUUCGGAAAUACAAAAAAUCCAAUUAUUAUCAUUUUUUGUGCUCGAUUAUGGCUGGAAAUUUUAUUCUACUGGCUACAAUAUUUUCGAAUGUCAUAUCGGAUAGGAAUGUGAUGCUUUUUGCAGGAAUCCUGCCCGGAGUAGUCGUGUGCAAACUUAGUGCAUUUCUGGUGAAUACCUCCUCAUUUUUUGUGCAUUGGGCGUGGGUUGCAAUGUAUUUGCAGAGAUUUCUGCACGUUUUUUUUCCACUACGGGCUCACCGAGCCGGAGAUAAGAGCAAGGAGAUUAUUGGAGUAUUAUUCGCGUUCUCCGUCAUUUCCCAACUGUGGACCCCGAUCCUUAUCACCGAAUUAUCCGUGGGUGCCGAUGAGUCCUCCGGGACAUAUUGUGCCGAAGACCCGCGAAUUUUCGGGGAGACGACACUCAAAUAUUUGAUAUUUUUCGAAUGUUUUAUGACAUUCUUCCUGCCGUUCGUGCUUACAGUAAUCACCGAUUUCUCUGUACUAUUUAUGAGAAAUCCGUGUACCACACAAAACGCGUUUACCAUGAUUUCGGCGGACGAGAUUGUGCAGCAUCAAGGAGAUCAUGAUGUUACGACAGAUGAAAAAAGCCCGUUGAAGAUUGUGCACAAAUCGAAAAUUAUGUUCGACAUGCGCCGUCGCAACGAAGCAAUCCGUCGGUGUCUCCUGCUGGCUACUGUAACUUUGUUACUCAAUCUCCCCAACUAUUCUCUUCAACUUAUCGAUGAAUUCUAUCAUUUCCGGGAGAGCAAUGACUUAUCGAUUAGGAGAAAGUUUGUGAGGGCCGAUGCAAUUGUCUAUAUCAUUUACCUCAUUCAAUUUCCAACGGUCCCCUUAUAUAUGUACUGUUUGAAAACGGAUUUUGAUAGAACUAGAUCAAAAAAGCGAAGCUCCGGAAGACGAUCUACAACUCAUUCUUACGUGUAA